AUGAGUCUUCUUAACUGCAUCAGACCCGGUACAAUCCAGUGCCGGUUUGUCUCGUCCAAAUAUCUGAAGCCACAUCCUCGUCCUUAUAAAAGACGUUUGUUCGAAGCUGUAAUUAAGCCUGAAAUGCCAGAGGAAAUCACUCCCAAAUGCAUUCCUUAUUUUGAAUUCAAAAGACGUUACGAUGAAGAAGAGGGAAGGGUAGGUCUGAUCUAAUUCCUUCAAGACUUGUUACAGUACACGGCCAUUGAAUUAGCUCUUGCGGACAAAGUGAGAAAAUGGAUAAUUGAAGAAAAAUUUCGUGUGUUUUCCAUUUGCCAGUUCUUGUCAAUCAAAGCAAGGCCUCUUCAUUAUAUUAAGAAUCAGUAAGUGUUUGUUUUGUUUGAUAACAUUUUUAGAUUGAGGGUAAAAGGACUUGAGUUCAAGACAUAUGAACCGAGAAUCAUGAAUAAAGUGUUUGAGGGAACAGCUUUCGACGUACUCUCACCUCUGUACUUGGAGAUGAAUUACUGUCUUCUUUUUGGUAGGGACAUUACUGCCGUCAAAACGAUUGUGACCGAAACCAAUAGGAUACCUUAUAUCUUUCCUUUGGGUAAGUUUGUAGCUUUGUUUCAUUUUCUUUACUUUUAAUUUUCAGCAAUCACAUAUGAUGACAAGAUUCUUUCAUUACGCCAGAUUAACGAAUUGUGUGAACUCACAGAUCCAGAACAUAUUCGUGCCCAGACAGUGCAGCUGCUGCAAACUGUUCCAUCCCAACUCACCUCUACUUUGGAUCACCCAUCUCAGAACCUCACAUUUCUUCUGAGUAAUAUUCCAAACUGA